AGCAUUGCUGGCAUGAGUGAUGGACAGGAAGGAGGCUGACAACACAGGUGAUCCUGGGAUACAGCUAAAUAUGGGGUGACCGGAGUUAUGAGCCAGCAUGACUCCAUCCCCAUCCUGCUCUUAGUAAGGCUCCCUGGAGUAUCGCAUCUGUGUCUGGACACUUUCCUGAUGACUGAGGGUGUCGAGUAUGCAGGCUACUCUGAUGACCCCAGAUUCCCUGGUUUACAGCACAAGCCUGAAUUAUAACCCCACCCCUGCCAGCAACCCAGUGAUCCUGAGAACCAAUCCAGCUGUGAUUCCUAUUGAGUGUCACUAUCCCAGGAAGGACAAUGUGAGCAGUAAAGCCAUCAAGCCCACGUGGGUUCCCUUCAGCUCCACCCUGUCUGCUGAGGAGAGGCUGAGUUUCUCACUGCACCUGAUGAAUGCUGCAACCUGUUCUCUGGGUGCUUCCUCCACUCCAGCACAAAGGCUGGCCCAGAUUAGAAGGUGAAAAAAGCAGACAAGGGAAGACAUGUUCUGUGAUUUGAUGCGUUCCUCCAAGGCUGACAGGGCCCAGCUGAAUGCAUGGAGGCUGCUAUUGGAGAGUAUGUGCACUGACCAAGAGGGCAGGAAAGCAUGCAGGGAACAAGAGUGUAACACGCAAGAGAUGUUGCAGCUUAUGGGGGAGCAAACAGAUAUGUUGAGGUGUCUGGUUGAGGUGCACGAAAGGCAACUAGACCUUAGAGUCCUGCUGCACCCAGUGAUGAACCAGCUGCCCUCCUCACCAAGUUCUAUAUCCUCCUCUCCCAGACGUCCUAGCAUGCAAGGGGGGGAGAAGCUCCUUGAACUCGACUCCAGGGGAUGGUUCAUGGAGCAGAAGGCUCCCAUUCCCACAGCUUUGAUUACUAGACAGUGCAAUUGUAAUAAGCUAUGUGUCCUUGCCCCUCCUUCCCUGUGUUAUCAGGCCCUUAG